AUGGUUAGUGCGAGGUCAGUGGACAGGCAGUUGGAUACAUGCUUCAGCAACCUCAUGGUGUCUAGCGGCGGUGGAAGGGGGCAGGCUGAAACUGGUGGCGCUAUGCCUAUGUUGUCAGGAUGGAAGGACCUGCCAAUGGAGCUGCUUAUGCGGAUCAUAUCAGUUGCUGGAGAUGAUCGAAUUGUCGUUGUCGCAUCCGGUGUUUGCACUGGCUGGCGCGACGCGUUAGGAUGGGGGGUUACUAAUCUUUCCCUUUCAUGGUGCCAGCAGAACAUGAAUAACUUAACGAUAUCAUUUGCUCACAAGUUCACAAAGCUUCAGGUUCUCACUCUUCGCCAAAUCAAACCUCAGCUCGAAGACAGUGCAGUAGAGGCUGUUGCCAACUACUGUUAUGAUCUACGUGAGUUAGACCUCAGCCGAAGUUUUCGGCUUAGUGACCGAUCAUUGUAUGCAUUGGCCAAUGGAUGUCCUCGGCUUACAAAACUGAACAUCAGUGGGUGUUCCAGUUUCAGUGACAGUGCCUUAAUCUACCUUAGUUGCCACUGUAAAAACCUGAAGAGCUUGAAUCUUUGUGGAUGUGGAAAGGCAGCCACUGAUGAAUCCUUGCAGGCCAUAGCCCAAAACUGUGGGCACCUGCAAUCUUUAAACCUAGGUUGGUGUGACAAUGUCACAGAUGAGGGGGUUACCAGCUUGGCAUCAGGCUGCCCUGAUCUCAGGGCCCUGGAUUUGUGUGGCUGUGUUCUUAUAACAGGUAAUUGCCACAUAUACGAUUUGUUCUUUGCAUAA